UCCCCUCCCCCCCCGGAAGAAGGAAUCGGCUCGGCCGUUGUUGACAACAUGGCGGCGGUGGCUGCCGCCUCCUCGGUGUGGGGCUCGGGAGGUGGCGGCGGGACCGGCAGAAGGAAGGCGCCGCGCGACCCCUGAGCAGGACACGGGCCCGGCCCCCUCUUGGCCCGCGCCGCCAUGUCCUUCUUCAAGCGGAGAGUGAAAAGCAAAGAGCACGAAAAGGCAACGGAAGCAAAGGCAAUUAAAGCCGCCGCAAUACCUGUACAUUCCCCACAGAGAAGCACCAGAAACAGCGCGUUGCUGGAGGCUGCUGGACCCAGCCAUGUGGCCAUCAACGCCAUCUCGGCCAACAUGGACUCCUCCAGCAGCCGCACGGCGGCUCUCAAGAAGCAGCCCAGCCACAUGGAGGCCGCUCACUUUGGAGACCUCGGCCGCUCCUGUCUGGACUACCGGGCUCAAGAGACCAAAUCCAGCCUCUCGAAGACAUUAGAACAAGUCCUCCGGGACAGCGUCGCCCUCCCAUAUUUCAUCCAGUUUAUGGAACUGCGUCGAAUGGAGCACCUGGUCCGUUUCUGGCUGGAGGCCGAGAGCUUCCACUCGACCACGUGGUCCCGCAUCAGAGCACACAGCCUGAACACUGUCAAGCACAGCUCGUUGGCCGAGCCGGUCUCCCCUUCCGUCAAGCAGCACGGAAACACAGCAGCAUCUCCCUCUGAGCUGCUCGACGAACGGCUGGAGGAGUCCGGCUCAGACGGGUCUCUCUCCGCCGCGCCUUCCGCAGCCGAACUGAACGGCCGAACUUUCAACCUUCGGAACCGUUUGCUGCUUCUCCCCGAAAGCGGCAAGGUCCGUCUCGGGUUUGGGACGUCUGGGGCGGAGGACCGUUCCAUUCCAGACGAGCCUCCGGACUCUUCCAAAGCCUCCACGCCCAGUAGAAACAGCCCCUCCUUUGCACUCAAGGACUUGUCAGGAAAACUCAUGAGAGGUAUAGAACAGGAUGCAGUUACCAUUUUUACCAAAUAUAUUUCUCCAGAUGCUGCUAAACCAAUCCCAAUUACAGAGAUGAUGAGGAAUGACAUUGUGGCAAAGAUUUGCGGGGAAGACGGACAGGUGGACCCCAACUGCUUCGUGGUGGCACAGUUGAUAGUGUUUAAUGCUAUGGAACAAGAACACUUUAGUGAAUUUCUGCGCAGUCACCAUUUCUGCAAAUACCAGAUCGAGGUGCUGACCAGCGGGACCGUUUACCUGGCUGAUAUUCUCUUCUGUGAAUCCGCGCUCUUCUACUUCUCUGAGUACAUGGAGAAGGAAGACGCAGUUAAUAUCUUGCAGUUCUGGUUGGCGGCGGACAACUUCCAGUCUCAGCUGGCUGCCAAGAAGGGCCAGUACGACGGGCAGGAGGCGCAGAACGAUGCCAUGAUUUUAUACGAUCGAUACUUCUCCCUCCAGGCCACCCACCCUCUUGGUUUCGAUGACUCCGUGCGACUGGAAAUAGAAUCCAAUAUCUGCAGGGAAGGCGGGCCUCUCCCCAACUGCUUCACCACUCCGCUGCGGCAAGCCUGGACGACGAUGGAGAAGGUGUUCCUGCCUGGCUUCCUGUCCAGCAACCUUUACUACAAAUACUUGAAUGACCUCAUCCACUCGGUCCGAGGAGAUGAGUUUGCGAGCGGAGGGGCUGCACCAACCGCACACGGCCCCGGCAGCGCCGCCGACAGCGACUCUCACUCCAGUUCCACGGACAGCGCCGCUGCUUCUUCCCAGCCCGGUCUCAAAAUGGCUAAUAUAAAAAUCCUGAAAAACUUUGAUGAAGCAAUAAUCGUAGAUGCAGCGAGCCUGGAUCCGGAGUCCUUGUAUCAACGGACGUACGCCGGGAAGAUGUCGUUUGGGCGAGUCAGCAACCUGGGCCAGUUCAUCCGAGAAUCCGAACCGGAACCUGAUGUCAAGAAGUCCAAAGGGUCCAUGUUUUCACAAGCAAUGAAGAAAUGGGUACAAGGAAACACGGAUGAGGCCCAAGAAGAGAUGGCCUGGAGAAUAGCAAAGAUGAUCGUCAACGACGUCAUGCAGCAGGCCCAGCCCAGCCAGGCCGUGGAACAAAUCACCAAGCUAUGAUCUUCGGAAUUCCCAAGCAAGAGGGAAAUUUCAGCUUCUGGAGAGGCGGCCUUGUGUUUCUCACCCGCCUUCUCCUCACUCCGGUUGGUUAACUCGUCCUUUUUCCACGGCCAAUGAAAACCAAGCACUGUUAACUUCUUCCCCUUCCUCUUCUGUAGAAGGAACGUUGUAGAGAGGGGAGCCCAAACCUUCUCUCUUUAAGUGCAAGUUUGAUUUGCUUCCCUCCCCACCAUGUACACACGGCAUUUCCCCCAGAUGAAGACACCCACCACCGGCCAAACAAACCCUCAGCUCCGUCUAUGAAGGAUUUAUUCGUGGUUUUUAAGAAGUUGGACCAGGAUCUUGGUCUCUGCUUGGGGACCAAAGGGUCUUUUCCCCCUUCCCCCAUAGGUUCCUAGCUAUGACCUUAGGUUUUUAAGGAAAAUUUGCAGUCGGGCAAGCACAGGGCACCUUCAUCUAUCGGAGAGGGCAGAGCAGCCGUUGGUGGUCCUGAAAACCCUGGAGCCGUUUCUCCUUACUUGAAGUGUUAAGAACUCUCACACAAACCGGACUCGCCUGGGUUUCUGUUCUCAAAAGGAGGUGGCAGCAAGCGACCGGCAAUUAACCUGAUUUCUGCCCAUAUUAAAGUCUUGCUUGUUCCCGGAAUGUUCAGUUUCCCAGUAGACUCAUCCCGCGAGGGGCAGAAGCCACACGGGGCUGAAAAGCAGGUAGGAGGGAAUUUCUUUCUCUCCUCUCCUCCCCCCCACCCCCUUUGGGCUGGCUCCUUUUUAUUUUUGCCUUGCCCUCACUGCCGUUGAACCGGGACAAUACCCGUUCCCAGAUGUAUUUCCUUAAUUGCCAUUUUUUUUAAAAGCAUCGAGCUGCCGCCUUCCAUUCGGUUACUUGCAGCCUUUUUGAGACCUAGCGAUUUUCUUCGCCCUACUUGAAGCAACGCUUCCCCUUAUCCACCACUUGCAACGGGGAAGUAAUUUAACUGGAGUGUCCAGAGCUCUCCAGACAGGAGUCCACUCCACAUUUUCUCUCUUGCGCCUUCGUUUCUCUUUGAGACUUUUUUUUCCUGUUUGAAAGGUUUUUUAAAUAUUCCUGUUUGCUUUCGUUUUUCUGAAGACAUGUGCAAAAAACAAAUUGAAAUAAAGCCACCCCGCCCCAAAUCACCUGUAGACUUGCUCUUGAUUUUUCUCCGACGUUUUGAAAGUCUCGAGGGAUGAAGCAGCCACCCCCUCUUCCCCCAUUGGCAAUACUGGAUCCUAGCGAGGCAUUCUGCAUUGGUCUGCCAGAAACAAAGAGCUGGGUAUCAGUUUUUGGGUACUGUGUACCGCCACUUUAUUGUCUCAUGCCCAAGUAUUCAUGUACUUAAGACGAUAUUUAAUUGUGUUUUGAUCUAAAAAGUAUAUUAUAUAUAUAUAUAAUAUAAAUAUUACAAAUUUGUGUCC